GGGGAACCCAAACCACGUAUAGCACGGCUAUAAUCCUAGUAAGAAUGAAUAACAUGACCAUUUGAUCCUUUCUUUGUUUCUAAUAAAGUAUUUUAAGCAACACCUUCUUCGUCUUAUUGGCGAGAAAGAGAUUACUAGUGAGUAGUUACCCCAUACUUGUUCAAAACACAAACGUCUUAUCUUUCUGUUCUUGAUUAAUUCCCUUUUUAUGUUUCCAGAAAGCAUCCAAUAGCCAAACGAGAGAGAGAGAAGGAUCAGUCAUAUGGAAUCAGGUCAUCCAAGCUGUUGUCUCCAAUUUUAUCUCAUCAAUUAGAAUUUAGGAUUUCGUUUGUGAACAACAUUUCCACCCCAAAUUAGAGAAUUAGGGUUUGUUUGUUAGUGCUUUAAAAAAAUUAACCGGGUCGGGUGGUUACUGCCUACUACCUGCUGCCUACUGCCUACUGCUACGUUGUGUUCUGACAACAAUCGACAAGGAAGGAUGUCUCGGCCAAUGUUACUUGUAUUUUUACUGCUCAUUUUGAUAAUUACUUCGCAGUUUGAAUGGAGGCAACAGCUUGUCAGCGAUGUUGAGUCCAACCAGAGUUUAUCUCAGACCCAGAAGCACAAUCGUAUUUCCAAGAGAGAGGAAGCUGUUAAAGAGAAGAUCAUUUUAUCUCAAGAGAAGAGCAUUCAAAGACUGAACGAGCUUGUACGGAAUCUGCGAGAACAAUUAUCAGAGUGCCGAAGUAAUAAUGGAAGUGCAAACAGCAGUUUAAGCAAUUUAACUGAGAGCAUUAUCGAGCUUGAGCGACAACAAUUUUUGGAAGAUUAAACAAUGAUCGAUCAUAGGAGGCCAAUGUCUUACAGUCUUUACUUGUUCUGAUGGAAUUACUGUUUAACAAAAAAAAAAGGUGCAAUUGCUGUUCUGAUGGCUGUAUUGUUUCUUUCAUUUUGGAUGAAGUCCAUCUCCAUGUAUACGUCUUGAAUAUAUAUUGUGAAAUCUUGUUACAUAAAGUGUAGUAAUUUCUUCUCUCGCCCUAGA